CGCUACUGUCCCUCCGCCGACGCCUGCUGCUGCUUGUAUCCAUCCUUCCCCCUUGCACCCUCAUACACCACUCAUCCUACCCCCCAUUCACCUACGCCAUCCCCCACACUCUCUUACCUUCGUCACGUUCCUGCCGAGCGACUGCAGAUCAGCCAGACAGUACGACUGCCCUUUCGCGUAACAGGCUAGGCCAAUCACGCACAAGGACGCAGCCGGUCAAUUACCAAGCUCGACGUGAGCUUUCACAUCUCCCCCUCAUCUAGCGAGCACCCCGCCCCUUCGUCGCCAUGGCAGCACCACGGUACGUCGGCAUGCUGCUGCCCAAUAGCCACCAACAACAGCAGCAGCAGCAUGACUUCAAUAUGCAGUAUCAGGCACCCCACCCUCAGCAACUGUAUCAAAACAGUAGCAUGGCGCCAGCCGGCAACUACCAUCCCCAUCUCCUUCAGCAGCAGCAACAGUACGCCCAGCUCCAGUUUGCCAAUGGCAACCAUGCCCUCUCGCAUAUGCAAAACCCUAACCAGGCGCAAUUCUAUCAGCAUCAUGCCACCGCCCCAGUGUUUCAAGCGAACGCGGGUCCCGUGCCACCUCAUCAGAUGCAGCAGCAGCACUCAAGGAGCCUUGAGCAUGGUCAAGACCAGAACAUCCAUCACUCGCACUUGCUGGAAGCGAAAGCUGGUCCUUCUUCUGCUGUCCAUCAGCAGAGGUGGGCCUUGAUGGACGAUCAUUCGUCGUCGAGAAUGUCAGCCGAGACCGACUGGAUGGAAGAAGAGGAUUCCAUGGACGGCACCGGCAGUGCCAACGGCGGCAAUAUGGACAGAGACAGAGACAACUUCUCAUGCACUCACUGUGACAAGACAUACAAGGGCAAACACGCCCGGUCAAUCUGGAGGAGACAUCUUCAGGACAAACACGGUAUUCCAUUAUCGCAUCAGCCUAGGCGGACGCGCUGGGAUGCCGACGUCAACCGACCAAAGAAUGCAGAAGAGCGACGAGAGCGGAUGCUCGAGUCCAAGAGGAGAUGGGCAAGGAAGAAGAGGGCAAUGGACAAGUCAGAAGGAAAGGUCAAGAGCGAGGAAGACGCUAUGACCCCGGACAGUGCAACAUCGACGCCUGCCGCAGAUGGGGGAGCAACCGUGAAGAAGGAGGCCGGGAUCAAAUCCAGCCGGAAAGAUAGGAAAAUCAACGCGAGCUCGGUUCCACCUGCCGAUGUACCUGCGGCUCUGCCUGCAUCGAUGGCUGCGCCAGCUCUUGCUAACGGCAGCGGUGCUAGCGAUGCAGGUGUCAAGCGGCCCAACCUCGUAGCGCCCGCUGCGGGAGAGACAGGCGCUGCUCAUAUACCCUGGUCCUUCGGAAGGCAGUCUCAGAUUGCGGUCACGUCAUCAGUGCCCUUCACUUCGGGCCUGGGCGGCGCAUUCGCAUCGACGAACAAUCUGCCAUCUCCCGGAGGAACACCUGAUCGCAGAAGAGGCGGGCGCCACAAUGCAUCUCUGAGCGUUCAAUUCAGCCCUACUGCUAUCGUCGGCAGCUCGUCAGGCAGUCAGAUUCCUCUGACAACCCCUUCACGCCUAACUUCUGCUUCACACGGCCACUCCAUGUCGCGCUCGAUCAGUAUGGGCUCAGUGGGGACGAACCCAAAUCCUUUCUCCCUGGACCACCACAAGAUCUCACCAAUUGCUCCAGCCAGGCCUCUAGCUUCAGCUCGCAAGGCGCGUGGCUCCAUCAGCAGCCAUGGACGAGUGCUCAGCCUCGCGCAACCCGACCUGGCGAUGUCACCCACACGCCCGCCUUCUGCUUCUCGUCAUCCCUCUCUCCGAGGCGCAUUCCCAUCUCUGCUUGAUACCCCUAAUAAGCACACCAUGGAUGAUGGACUCCUGUUGGGUCAAAACAUUUCCGAAUCGCGCUUUAGUCUUGGAGGUGGAGCGAAAGGCGAUGACGAGGGUAGUGGCGAGCUAGGUGAAUCGGCGAUGAAGGAUGAGCCUCGCGCGGUCAAACUCGGUAGCAGCAUUCUUGGUCAUCGAAGGAAGUCUUCUCGCCUGUCAGCCUUGCGGGGCUCUUCGGACGAUGAGGGGAAGCUUCCAUCUGCCGCGCUCACUUCGCUCACAAACGACCGGCCUCGGCGAUCACGCAAGCCUACAAGCGGCGAGUCUGGCUUCGAUGACAGUGGGCUGUGCUUGACGGGCAUGACUCCCUUCCACAAGAGCAUUGGCCGGCAGCUCAACGGCAUCGGAGGCAUUGGUGGCACUCCUGCUUCCCACGGUCUGCUGGACUCGUUCCCUCAAACUGUAGGGCGGCCAACGCCCUUCAAGAGAGGUCAUCGCAAAGGAAAUAAUUCUUCGGCAGACAGUUUGGACCUUGAAAGCUUCCCGCAACCUCGUGACGCCUUCUCCUCGCCCCAUCAUCCCAACCUCGCCCACUCCCUCGGACUGGCUCCCCAGUCUGCUCUCCGCACUGGAUCUACUUCAGGUGGCGGCGCGACGGCUGCCUCCGCCUUUGACUUUGGCGGUCUCGGCGCGAGUCCUUUCCAGCAUGCGAGCAUGAUGGGCAUGAGUCUGGGCUUCACGCCUUGGGAGAAAGGAAGUGGUCUCCUCAGCCGGAGGGACAGUGUCGGAUCCAGUUGGCCGGAGAGCAUCCGCAAGCCUCUCACUGGUGCACUUCGCUUCGAAGCCGGCCACCGUCGCUCUUCCUCAGUCCCGGCCCUCGAUCAAGACGAUGAGGGAGCGGAUGACGAUGAUGAGGGUCCGACCAGCACGAUCAAGGGCUCACCGCGAGGCAAGGAGAAUGUCAACUCGUCAGCGUCCAAGGCUGGUCGCUACCAUCCCAGCCUCGUAGAGACGCCCAGUAGGCCCAGUGGCAAAAGUCGCCGAGGCGGUAGUAGCAUCAAGAGGAAGCACGGCGCCGAAGAGGAUGACGAUGAUGACGAGGGAACCCUGUACCCUCUGCGUUUCUCGAAUGUGGGCAACAAGAAGCAGAACACUGGAGCUCGUGCCGCUACCGUUGACGCGCUCUGAAUUGUGGACGUAGCGUGCUCUUUAGGGGACUCACCGCUCCGAAAGACAUCGUCUUGAUUCCUUAGCCGUCCUCUGACUCACAAACAAAUAUUGUACUAGUAUCUUGGGGACGUGUUGUUCUUAUUAUUCUUCGCAUAGUGACCUUCGCAUAGGUCUUCUUGUCUGUAACUCCAAAAAACUCCUCUUCCUUGCUAUGCAACAUGCCAAAGCAAUCUGUUCUCAAUGACAGCUGCCGAUCGAU